ACACCUAUAUCAAACACCUUAUUUAAGACUCCCUUUCAACCUUGUUUAUACAUUUCAAAUUAGCCAUGGGAAAGAAUGUGAUCUUUAUGUUAACGACAAUGCUUUACUUGUUUAUGUGUGCUAUUGAAUCUCUCAAUAGCUCCACUGAUGAGUAUGCUCUUCUAGCUUUCAAAUUUCAAAUAACUUCUGAUCCAAAUAAAAUCUUAGCCAAGAACUGGUCUCAAGGAACCUCUUUCUGUAAUUGGAUUGGUGUUACUUGCGAUGGGAGGUACCAAAGAGUGACGGGCUUAAAUCUAGCAAAUAUGGGUCUAGGAGGUACCAUAGCUAAAGAAAUAGGUGAACUCUCUUCUUUAAGAUCCUUGGUUGCUAGCAAUAAUAAUUUUCGCGGUACUAUCCCUGAUGAAAUGGGUAAUUUAAGCCAACUUCGAGAAAUAGAGAUUCAGGACAACGAGCUAAUUGGUUCUAUUCCAUCAAGUUUUGGAUUUCUUGACAAUCUACAGAAGUUAAAUGUCUCAAAUAACAGACUCAGCGGGAAUAUUCCUAACCGGAUUUUCAACAUCUCUUCUUUGAUAGAAAUUGAUUUUGCAAUCAAUUGUCUCUCCGGCAGUCUUCCGAUGGAUAUCUGCUAUAGUCUUCCAAAGUUAGAGAUGCUAAUAAUUUCAACGAAUCAAAUAAGUGGCAACAUUCCUCCAAGUUUGGGAACAUGCACGAAUAUCAAACUACUUUCUAUGGCGGCCAAUCUGUUUACAGGAAACAUUCCAAUGGAAAUUGGAAAUUUGUCAAAGCUUGAAUUUCUCAUUCUAGCAAAAAAUAAUUUGACAGGCAGUAUUCCGAACGAAAUUGGAAACCUAUCAGCCCUUGCAGUAUUGAAUUUGAGUUACAAUAGGCUAAACGGUACAAUUCCAUACUCAGUUGGCAGUUUAUCAAAUUUGAAGGAAUUGUAUAUGAUUUACAACCAUAUUCAUGGACAUAUCCCACAAGAAUUGGGACAUCUAUCCAAUUUAGAAGUGUUAUCUUCGUCCCAGAACAGGCUUGAAGGUGAAAUACCUAAAUCAAUCUUCAAUCUAUCCAUGCUACAAUCCCUUGCUUUAGGAUACAAUAAAAUCUCUGGCAAUCUCCCAUCAUCAAUAGGCAAUGGGCUCCCUCGACUCAAAGGUCUCUAUCUUUCUGAUAAUAGAUUAAGUGGAGAAAUUCCCGUCUAUGUCUCAAAUUUUUCGAUGCUUGCUUUAUUGGAUAUUUCUGCGAACUUAUUCAGUGGACGGGUACCCAUGAAUCUUGGGGAUCUACGGGACCUAGAGAAGCUAGGCUUAGGUGAUAAUCAGUUGACAAAUGAUCCUUCAAUUCUAGAAUUGGAUUUUCUUCUUUCAUUGAAAAAUUGUAGACACUUGAAGAUCCUAUGGAUUAGUAACAAUUCAUUUGAUGGAAUGCUGCCAAAAGUCAUGGGUAAUUUGUCAGAAUCUCUUGAAGAAUUCCAUGCCUAUUCUUGUGGCAUCAAAGGUACGAUCCCGAGGGAAAUAGGCAAUAUGAGCAACUUGAUUUUGUUAGGAAUGGGAGGUAAUCAGUUGAAAGGAACGAUUCUUGACUCUUUGAUUCCAAUGAUGAAGUUGCAGAAAUUGGAUCUGUAUGAAAAUGAACUGCUGGGGUCAAUUCCUGACAACCUUUGCAGUUUGGCAAAUCUUUAUUACCUGAAUUUGGAAAAUAAUAUGCUCUCUCAACAGCUACCAAUUUGUUUAGGGAAUCUUACUUCUUUACGAGAACUUUAUUUAGCUUACAACUCAUUGAAUUCAACUAUUCCAUCAACACUGUGGAAUAACAUGGAAAUUGAAAUUCUGAGCUUAUCUGAUAAUUUGCUAAAUGGUUCGCUAGCUCCAGAAAUUGGCAACUUGAAGAACAUGAGAGUGUUAUAUCUAUCAAGAAAUCAGUUCUCAGGGAAGAUUCCAAUGACUAUUGGACAACUUCAGAGCUUAGUAAAUCUAACAUUAUCAAACAAUCAAUUACUUGGUCCAAUACCCGAGUCCUUUGCUAAUUUGAUUUCUUUGCAAUAUUUGGAUCUAUCCGAAAAUAAUCUAUCUGGUGUAAUCCCCAAGUCAUUGGAGAAACUUAAGGACAUUGUACAUUUUAAUGUUUCAUUCAAUGAACUCAGUGGUGAAAUUCCGAAUGGAGGGCCUUUUAAGAACUUAGCUGCAGAUUCAUUCAUGGGCAACAGUGAAUUGUGUGGAGCAUCCCAAUACAAGGUCAUGCUAAGUUGCAAAGGUAAUACAACUAGAUCAUCAAGAACACUCAGUGUUUUGAAAUAUGUUCUACCAUCAAUUGCUUUAGUAGUAUGUCUGUCCAUUAUUACCAUUUGUUUGAUGAGACGUCAUACUAGAAAUUCAAAUCGUCCAACUGAGUCUAGUUCCUCCAUUGCCUCCAAUGUCAAGAGGAUUUCAUAUUAUGAAGUUCUUAAUGCUACCAAUAAAUUUGGUGAAGAGAAUCUGAUUGGAAGUGGCGGUAUUGGUUCAGUAUACAAGGGAAUAUUUUCCAAUGGAAUGAUUGUUGCUAUUAAGGUUUUCAAUUUAGAUUUAGAAGCUGCAAAAAAGAGUUUUGAUAAUGAGUGUCAAAUAUUGUACAAUAUCCAUCACAGAAAUCUUGUCAAGGUAAUCAGCAGUUGCUCUAAUCUUGAUCUCAAAGCCUUGGUAUUGGAAUAUAUGCCGAAUGGGGACCUUGACAAGUGGCUGUCCUCUAGCAACUGUUGCCUAGAUAUAGCUCAAAGAUUGGAAAUAAUGAUUGAUGUUGCAUUUGCACUCGAGUACCUACAUCAUGGGCUUCCCUCUCCAAUCGUGCAUUGUGAUUUGAAGCCCAGAAACAUACUUUUAGAUGAAGAUAUGGUUGGUCAUGUUGCAGACUUUGGCAUUACCAAGCUCUUCACGGAAGACCAGAGGAUUUCGCUGACCAAAUCGUUGGGCACCAUUGGUUAUAUGGCACCAGAGUAUGGAUCAACUGGAUUAAUAUCGACUACGACAGACGUUUACAGCUAUGGGAUUGUACUGAUCGAAACAUUUACCAAAAAGAAGCCAACAUCUGAUAUAUUUGAUGGAGAGUUCACUAUGAGGAGAUGGGUGUUUGAAUCAUUCCCGAAUGCAAUAAUGCAGAUUGUCGAUACUGAUCUAGUGAAUAUAGUUGAAGAAAACGUUCGAGCUAAAGAGAGCUUCUUCAAAUCAAUUAUGGGACUAGCACUAGAGUGCACAGUUGAAUUACCCCAGGAGAGGCCCAGUAUGAAAGAUGUUCCAACCAGGCUAAAGAAGUUCAGAAAUGAAUUUUACGAAAGCAUAUCCCAGGAAAAAUAAGAUGAAAAGAGAACCUGGCAAUCAUUCUGAAGUUUUUUUAAGCUCUUUUUCCCUACCAAUUCUGUAUUGCGGCUUGUUGUAUCUGUGUUGUGGCCUUGAAAAAUGUACCGUAAAAUAUUUUGUCCGAAAACAUUAAGUUUUUUUGUUUUUUUGUUUUUUUUUUUAAUAAGAUACUGUAAAAUAAAUUCAGUUAAUCUGCUGUGGUGUAAAAAAAAUAUCAAUAUCUUCAUUAGGUGAGAUAUCGCAAUCUUAUCUUCU